AUGUCACAGAUAUACGGUGAACCAUUAACAAUUAUAAAGUUUAAUUCUAAUGGCAUCGAUUUUAAUAAAGCAUUAUUGGAUGAAAUUCUUCUUCAUGAAAAGGUUAAAGAUCGAAAAGUUGUAAUUUUGGCAAUUGCUGGAGCAUUUCGUAAAGGGAAAAGUUUUUUCUUGGAUUAUUGCUUGAGAUUUCUUUACGCAAACUUCAAAUCAAUUAAAAAUGCAAAUCAUACUAAAAUCAAUUGUGCAAAUAAUUGUUGGAUGGGAAAUCAAGAUGAACCUCUUCGAGGUUUCUCAUGGCGUUCAGGAACUGCAAGAGAGACAACAGGAAUCAUCUUUUGGUCUGAUGUUUUCUUGUAUGAUAAUCCAAGUGGAGAAAAACUCGCAAUACUUGUUGUUGAUACUCAAGGAUUAUUUGACAAUGAAACCUCAACAGCAGACAAUUCCAAAAUUCUUUCUUUAAGUACUUUACUAUCAUCAAUUCAAAUUUUAAACUUACAUGGAGUUGUCCAAGAAGAUCAAUUGCAAUAUUUGCAGUUUGCAACGGAAUAUGCUAAAUUCACAUCAAAUCAUGACACCAAACAAAGUUUCAAACCUUUUCAAAGUUUUCUGUUUUUGGUACGAGAUUGGAAUAAUCCCGAUGAAUAUGACUUUGGAUUCGAAGGUGGACAGAAAUAUUUAGACGAUCUGUUGAUAAUCAAACCAAAUCACCCUGAAGAAUCGAAAUCUGUUCGAACUUACAUCAAAUCAUCAUUCGAUAAGCUAUCAUGCUGCUUACUGCCUUAUCCAGGGAAGAUCGUUGCAAGAGAUUCCAAUUAUGAUGGACGUUGGUCGUCGAUGGAUGAAGACUUCAAGACUGAACUUAUCGCAAGCAUUUCAAAGCUUCUUAGAGUUGAGAAUCUUCAAACGAAAAAGAUUAAUAAUAUUGAAAUGACAGGUGAAAUGAUCAGCGAAUAUUUCCAGCAAUUUAUUUCAUUGUAUCAAGAAAAUUCAACUGUUCAGCCAAAUUCAAUUUAUGAAGCAACACUUAGUAAGUUUAUGAUCGCGUUAGUGGCGAUAUGUUUUGGAAGUUAUAAAGCAUUUGUCAAUAAAAAUGUAUCUUCAAUCAAUGAUGAUGCUGCCAUUUCACGUGUGCAUAAUUCAUCAAAGGAAGCUGCGUUGACGAAAUUCAACACUGAAAGAAAAAUGGGAACAUCUGAUGAUAUUAACAAUUACAGAGAAAAUUUAAGUAAGAAAAUUGAAAAUGAUUUUCUUGAAUGGAAAGCGAUUAAAUUGGCAAACAUUAUGAGGGUUAAAGAAGAAAAACGAAAAGCUGAAGAAGCUGCAAAAGAAGCCGAGCAAAUACGAUUGGAAAGACUUGAAAAUGAAAGGAAAGCACAAGAAAAAAUCGCUCAACUUGAACGUGAGAAUCGGGAAAGAGAAGCUGAAGCUGCGAGGCAACGAGAGAUUCUUCGUCAGCAGCAGAUUGCCAUUCAAGCUGAAUUAGAAAGACAAAGAAUUGCUGAGGCGGAAAGACAAAGAGAAAUUGAGGAACAGAAACGAAUAGAAGCUGAAAGAGCUGCGGAAGCAGAACGAGCUCGUCACAGGAAAAAGAAGAAAAAGAAAUGUUCGGUCAUGUGA